GAUAAUUAGACCUUUACUUUAAAAAUCCAAAGGGGCUCUCUCGCUUUCUCUUCCCUCCCUUUUCGCUCCCUCCUCCCUCUCUCGCUCCCUCCCUCUCUCUUUCUCUCUGGCUCAGAUGUUGGCAAAGGGGGUUUUCUUAAUCAGACUGUUUUUUGGUCCGAGGGAAAGGAGGAAGAAGGAGAUUGUGAUGGAGAAAGGGGGUCUGUAAAACGUCAGGCACCGCACAAAGGCUUUGCCACGUAAUUACAGGCUCCUAUUAAGUCGAGAUCUGCCCUCCCAGGGGUCUCCAAUUUUCUUGUAUUCCCUACAAAGCCUCCUCUGCAUGCCAGUUUGUGCCUUUUGAAGUGCCAGAGAGCUUCUUGAUCCAACUGAGAAGGAAAAAGGAGCUCAGCAAGAAGAGGGGGAGAGCGAGAAGGGAAAGGGGGGAACCCCACCACCACCCUCCUUCGGACUCUUGAAGCCCUUUUUUUUCCUUCUUACGAAAAGUAAAGUGAGAAUCCUGCUCUCCAAUACAUCUGCAAGACAUCACCCUCUCCUCCUGAAACUUUAGUCACUCCUGAGAAUCCACAGGAGUGCAGAGAGGGGGAACACGUUUUCUUGAAGAUGUUUUAAAGCUGGAACAAGCCUUCUUCUGUUGGUGCUUGAACUCUUGCCUGGGAAUAACUUUUUUAACCUUGAAAAAAAAAUCCACUUUGAUUCUUCUCUCCCACCCCUUCUUCUCUCUUCUUCUGUUUGCCUAACUCCCCCGCCCUGCUGGCCUCCCCUUUCCUUUCUCCCCCUUAUUAUUAUUUUUAGUGUGUGCUUGUGGACGCUUUUGGAGAGCUGGAAGGAAUUUUUUUUUUUUGCUCCUGACUUGAACAUAGGGUGACUUUUUAAUUUUAUUUUUUGGUGUGGAUUAUAUCCUUGGACCGCGCCGGACUUGGCCUCAGGAAAGCAACCGAGGCUUUCGAAGGCUGUUGGUGCAAAACGCUCUGCUCUGCAGAAGGGGGUCCCCCGCCCUCUUUCCAAUUUUUUUUGUCCUUCCCCUCCUUCUCUCUCUCUCUCUCUCUCUCCCCCCCCGCUCUCUCUCUCUCUCCACUCCCCCCUCUCUCUUCCCCACUCGGCUCCUCUCCCCCCCUCGCGCCCGCAGCGUUUGGUGUUGAUUCGAGCGGGAAGAGGGGGGUGGGUGGGAUCGGAGGGGGAGACCAUGACCUCCAGCUACGGGCACGUUCUGGAGCGGCAACCGGCGCUGGGCGGCCGCUUGGACAGCCCAGGCAACCUCGACACCCUGCAGGCGAAAAAGAACUUCUCCGUCAGUCACCUGCUAGACCUGGAGGAAGCCGGGGACAUGGUGGCGGCGCAGGCGGACGAGAGCGUGGGCGAGGCCGGCCGAAGCCUACUGGAGUCGCCGGGACUCACCAGCGGCAGCGACACCCCACAGCAGGACAAUGAUCAGCUGAACUCCGAGGAAAAGAAAAAGAGAAAGCAGCGGAGGAACAGGACGACAUUCAACAGCAGCCAGCUGCAGGCUCUGGAGCGCGUCUUUGAGCGGACACACUACCCAGACGCCUUCGUGAGAGAGGACCUUGCCCGCCGGGUGAACCUCACCGAGGCCAGAGUGCAGGUGUGGUUUCAGAACCGAAGAGCCAAAUUCCGCAGGAAUGAGAGAGCCAUGCUGGCCAAUAAAAACGCUUCCCUCCUCAAAUCCUACUCAGGGGACGUGACUGCUGUGGAGCAGCCCAUCGUACCUCGUCCUGCUCCACGACCCACCGAUUAUCUCUCCUGGGGGACAGCCUCUCCGUACAGAUCCUCGUCCCUCCCAAGAUGUUGUUUACACGAGGGGCUUCAUAACGGAUUCUAACGGAAGACACUGAAAAGCGCCAUGGCUACUUACUCUGCCACAUGUGCCAACAAUAGCCCUGCACAGGGCAUCAACAUGGCCAACAGCAUUGCCAACCUGAGACUGAAGGCCAAGGAAUAUAGUUUACAGAGGAACCAGGUGCCAACAGUCAACUGAGGAAAAAAAUAUAAUUAAACAGGCCUAAGAAGAAAUCAAAAACCAUAAGACACCUAUCCUGCUCUGUCAUUUCUUCAUCUGCUGGAAAAAAAUAAAUAAAAACAAACAAACAAACAAAAAACCUGAACUAAAAUAUUGGGACCAUGGCAGAGAAAAGCAGGAGAGGAGCAAAAUGAAAAUUAGUUAACCAAUGUUUCUCCUCCCUCUGAGAUACCACCACCACUUGUUUCUGCGUGUGUUAAUUUUGUUUUUCCUUCUACUCAUGCGCUUUGCUUUAAUAUACUCCAAGCUUCUUCAGUUAGGUUCAGCCCACCCACUCCCAUGAUCGUAUGGGUUUACAAAAAAAAAAAAAAAAAAAAAACUACAGCAGCCAAAGAAACCAUAUAUAUAGUCAGAAUCAUUGUCUAGCGUCUCCUCAGUGACCUGUUUGAACCUCAGUGCCUUGCCCUAUCCUUCUUCCCAGUUCUCUGUAUAGAAACUCUAGGAACUUCUGAAAAGCCAAAGUCUUUCUGAAGAAUCUGUGCCAGAUAUGAUUUCCUGUCUCAUUUUCUCCGUGUCUGUCAGUCAUGGUAAGGUUUUUCCAUCAGCUACUGUUAAGAAAGCAAUUAUGUACAACAUCUGGUCACUGGUUUGUCUGAUCCAAUGUGAUUGGCUGUGUCUGGCUAAUUCUAAGCUCUAAGCUGUAGAUCUAAGCUCUCCAUAUAAGCUAUAGAUUUAAGCUCUAAGCUGUAGAUGAUAAUAUCACCAUCACCACCACCCCUCACCCCCAUCCAAGCAAUCAGCCAUCUUAAGUUAAAGAUAUUUGUUGUUUUUGAAUGAUUUGCUGUCACGAGCUUGACACUCGAGAGAGGGAGAGACAUUUCUUUAGGAAAACAAAGACUGAGUUGUGAAAGGCAUGGCCUAUAUCUCUUUAGUGCCUUAAGGAUAGUCAGAUGCACACUUAUAUAUAUACUGUAUAUAUUUAUAUAUUUUAUAUAUAUAUAUAUAAAAUAUUCUUGCAAGCUUGAGUUUGCAGUUUCUCAAACACUACAAAGAAACAAUUUUACACCAUCACCACUGUCCUUAAUCUCUCCAGUGAUGAGAUGUUUUUAAGGAUCUUGUUUCCUUUCUUUCUCAACAUAAAAUUCUCAUUAAGGCCACAGAGCGAUUGAUAGGGCAUUUGUUUAAGAACAGGUCUCAUUUUCACAUUUGGGCUUUAAAUAAAUUAGAACCUAUUUGAGGCUAUAAAAAUGUUCUUGAGUUUGGAGGCUGAGCUCUGGUGGAAUGGGAAUAUAUCCCAAUACAUCAUGGGAAUUACAUUUAGAGGAGUGAAAGCCAUGUCGUCAUCUGCCCCUUCUCCACUCAACAGGAAUCUGAAAGACAUGUGUUUAAAUGGAAUCCUUAAAGUCUUGUCUAAAUUCCAAAAAUUUAAAAGGCAACUGUGGGCUAGUCUUUUACUAAUAUUUUGAAAUAAAGUUUAGUGCCUAGGGCUGUGAGCUGGGACUGACCUGUCUUUGUUUCUUUCUUUUUGUCUCCAGCUGUGCUUUUAUAACUUGUCAGGUGGACUAGACCAAACCACACCACCAUGCUGUGCCUCAGUUUACCUUUUUGUAAAAGGGGUUUAACAAUACUUACCUACCUCACAGGGGUGUUGUGAGGCUCUAUUCAUUUGCUCCUUCAUUCUUUCCUGUAUUCUCUGUUUGUGCAGCACUUUGUAGCCAUGGGAGGAAAGGGACUAUAAAAGUAGACAAUGUUAAUGGAAGGAUACGGUACCUGGAAGCCUUGUUUUCUAGCAAGGAAAUGCUACCUUACUUUAAAUACUUAUAGCCUUGUAUUUGGAAAUGAGAAAUAGGUUUAUACUUACAGACCUCUCAAAAAUCACAUCACUUGACCAAAGAAUAAUUUAAGAUACACAGAACAGACAUAUUUUUGACAUAUUUUUAUCCUGACCAGGUUGGUUCUAAUAACUUUAGUUAUCAGUAAUUAAAAAGCUUUAGAUUGGUUUUGGCCAAAUAUGCCAACUCUGAGUGACAGGCAUGGACUAUUGAGUUUAAGAUGCACUUUCAGCACAUUUGUUACCCCCUUGGCCUAUCAAGUUGAACUAAUGGUGGUAUUUUUUCAGCCAAACAGCCACCAGUCUGAAAAUGUAUUUUAAAUGUUGAAUCUGUACUUCUUUUAAUAACAAGAAGAAAGCCCACCUUACGCAUUUUGCUUUCAUCCACUGAUUCCCUCUUCUUUUAGCAUACUAUUAAAAUAUUUCUUACUGAUGUUUCAUGUAGGCUGGCUGAACACCACAUAUUACUUGCUUCCUAAGGAGUCCCUUGACUAAUUCUUUUGUCCCACUAGCUGCUGUGGGCUAUCAAGAUUCAAAGGAACAGUGUAGUCUAACAGAUGAAAACGUUCUUUGUGAAAUGAAUGUGAUCCAAGAAAUUGGCCAACUUUUGGAGUUUAGACUUUGGGGAGAAUAGCUAAAAGUGAGUUUGGGUUAUAGUGCAAGGAACAGAAAUCAUACAUGACGAGAUGCUGCUAGGAAAGGGGAAUUUUUGAAGAGGGAAGAAAGGAAUAGAAGGUCAUGUGAAACAGUCAUUUGAAGCUUGCACCCUGACAUCCGUUUUCAGGGGUGAACAGAAAAGCCUGAACCCCAAAUCCAAACACUAUGUGAAACUGGGCAGUUUUACCACCAAUGCCUGGGAAGCAAGAGAGUAGCCAGCGCUGGUCAGCCAUAGAAAUUUUCAUUGCUAGUGAAUCAACACCACAAACAUUUAUUAUCUAAGCACCUGAUCAAAAAGUAUACACAUGAGACAAGCACUCAGUAUUGUUCAUUUAUUAUUGAUUUUUUUUUAAAGUAGAAGUUUGAUAUAUGAUUUAGAGGAGUAGCCUUUUGGCUUCCAAGCCAGGUCUCAACAGAGGACCUCAGGCCAACAAAGUUCCAAGGCAUACCCCCUGUUCCUCACCAUCAUUAUACCCAGAUGCAGAUGAAUACAUGCAAACUAUCUGUCUGUGUCCCCAGUCCCUCCCCAAACAAGAUGCUGAUUUGUAGGAUACUUGGCAGGUUAAGUCAAACCAGAAGAGGUGAUUGAAUAAAAAAGGGAAUGACACGUAGGGUAUAAAGAUCUCGUAAGAAAUGUAAUAUGUAAAUUAUAUCUUGCUUUAUGAUGUAAAAUAUACAUUGUUUGCGCUAGAAUAGAAAUGAUUCCUUUUCAAUAAAAAGAAGGAUACUA